AUGAUUAUCUUGGGUAUCUUUGGAGCUAUUCUAACUGUUUUAGUUUUCACUAAGCAACGUCGUUUUUGGCGUAAUCCAAUUAUCAAUUAUCUUCUGGCCGGUGCGGUGAUGACUGGUAUACAUUUGCCAGCUGUUUAUCUGCAAAGUAUUCUAGUCAAUGGUUUUGGUUUGGGCCUUUUCAAUACGGAUGAUAUUGCUUGUCGUGAACAUAAUUAUCUACUCUAUAUGACAACUGUUACGGCUAUUUCAUUUCCAUGUUGGGCAUCUUUUGAUCAAUAUGCUAGUACAUGUCGUAAUGCUAGUUUUCGUCAUCGGUGGAAUUCUAUCCGAGUUGUUCGAUUAACCAUAGUCGGUACAGUAUUGUUUUGGUCUAUUAUAUAUAUCCCGAUCAUCUUCGUUAGUGGUAUUAUCAAUGGUAGUUGUGUAUUACUUCCAGGUCCUUACACAACCUUCAACACCUAUGUAAUGACACCUUUUGUUUACAGUAUUGGUCCAAUACUCGUGAUCAGUAUUUUCACAAUGGGUACAGUGAGAAAUCUUCAUGGUGUUACUGGUCAUAGACCUCGAGGACGCUUAGCUCAACAAGUUCGUCAUAUGCUACUUCCUCAAUUACUUGUACUUGUUGUUUCAGGUGUUCCAUUCGGUUUUCAAGGUAUCUAUAUAGAUUUGACCAGAGACAUUCCGAAAGAUACUUUUCGUUUGAGUAUUGAAAAUGUUUUUGCACAAGUUAUUCUUUUAUUAUAUCACUGCAAUUAUGUAUGCACAUUCUAUAUCUACUGGUAUAUGUCCAGUGAAGUGAGAAAAACUGUCAAACGGCUGUUAUGCAAGUAUUAUCUAAUAAGCAGCAUCAUACCAAUGGAUGCGACUACCAACAAUACAAUUAUUCUUCGAACAAUGAACGGUGAAAAUCAGUUGUCUGAAGUUUUAUGAAAUGCAUAUGCUAAAUAUCUCUAUAAUAUUGAUAGAAAACAAGACUAAAAAAUAUUCUGCUAUUUUAAUUUUCCAUAGCACUCUGUUCAUAUUCUUUUCUUUAAAUGCUAUCGUCAAAUUCUAUGAUGAAAUAUAAAUUUCUCAUCCUUAUCUCGUUCAUAUUAUUCGUUUUGUAAUCAAUAUGUUCAUGUUUGACUACUCUUCAUACAUGUUACCCUUUGCUUCUUGCAUAAUCGAUAUACUUGAUUGCUUUUUCUCGCUUAUCUGUCAUUGAUUUCUGUAUAAACAUGUUUAUGUAGGUGGAUUGCAUUGUAUUGUAGUAUGAAUAGAUGAAGAAUAAAGUGAACAUCAUCAUAUUGUGGCUAUAAUUGUAUUCAAGUUUGUCAACAAUUGGUUUUUGAUGCUUAUUACAAGUAUCGAUAAAAAACACUGUUUCAGUAGUAGAUUCGAACAUUUGUAAGGCAACAACGGCAAAAUUGAUCACAAGUAAAAUUGUAGAACUCUGCUUCAGUAUCAGUUUCGUAUAUCCGUUUAGAGUUCUCAACCUAGUCAAUGAAUCAAGAAAAGAAUUCUUGCGACAGUUUGUUUUCAGUUCAAGGCAAUAUCUAAAUACAAAUAACAGAUCCAAUUAAUCAUAAUAUAAGAUCAAAAAACAAACACACAUCUAUGCAAAACCCAAUAAGAAUUUAUGAUAUAUUGGAUGUUACUUUAAAUUUUACUCAGUAUAUUAGACAGUAUCAUAAACAAGCUGUUCAGUUAUGUUAACAUGAAUUAAACCUUUUUAAAACUAUUUCUUCAGCAAAAUAAACGAAUAAAAAUUACAAAUGAUUUAUAAAGAAGAAGUUGUAUAUUACAAUGUUCAACAUAAAAUACUAAUACAACUGACUUUAUUUAUAAACUUACUGAUUUCUUAAUAAAUUAUCAAUAUUAAUAAUGACAAAGUUUCUGUCCGAUGCCAAUCAUUAUGUUCUGCUCCAAUAUUCAAUAAUAUUAUGAAGAGAUCUUAGAUAUCUCUUAUUCAAAGAUCAUAUUCAUUGAACUAACAAUGGAACAUGAUUAUAACUGUGAUGCGUAGAAUAUUUCUUAAUUUAUUUUAACCUUGAAUAUGGUACAAAUAUAAGAUUAUGAUAGAAAUAUCAGAAAUUCAUGACCAAAGAACACAAAUCAGAUGCAGUUUAGGAUUGCUGCGAACAUAGCAUCACUUUUGGGUUCCUAAAGAUGAGGAAUUAUGUUCCACAACGCAAAAAACAUAAAGUCAGGUAUUAUGCUCGUGUAUAAGAACGAAGACAACUUAUGUGCUCCUGAUUUCAGGAGCGGAGUCCAAAAUUAGUACCUCGAUCAUUUUUUUUAUGGCUUCUAUCAAUUUAUAUUGCUAUACAUACAUACACGCAUGUAUUCGUUGUUAAAUGAGUAUCUUUUAUUAAAGACGAUCAAUGUUUGUAUGUGUCACUUUUGUUGUUGUUUUUUUCUGUGUGGUGUACAUGUUUGGUUUUUUUUAUCAAUUUUUUUCUCUCAAUCGAUGUUGCUAUACUAUAGUAGAUGAGCAGAACAAACUCUUUUUUUUCCAGCAUACAUAUCGGUAACAUUCAAGAAGAAAAUACCUAUGACACAGCACAGAGCUUACCAAGACAACUAAAACAGCACACCCUUUCUGCUCGUAAAAUAUUGGCACCAUCAUGCCUUUUCAACACACAGCUAACUAUGAUUCCGUCCGAUCAAAGUUCUACUUUGAAAAUCAAUCUUUUUCAGUCAUACAUUGUGAAUUAUAUUUCAUAUUAUGUGAUUAUAUAAAAUCAUGAAUAUAAAAUAUAAUUUAAAAAACUUAUUUUUAUGUUCGCAUAAUAUCAAAUAAUUAUUAUUCUCGAGCCUUUUUUCGUUAAUGAUUUACUUAAAAAAUAUUAAGUAAAAUUUUUUUCUUUUAAACAUCGUCUGUCACGUAUCUACGAGAAUCUGAAAAUAUUACUUGUGAUUUUUAUUUUUGUUUUUUUUUACUAUUAAUUAUAUUUCUAGGUGAAUGAAAUUAGAGGGCUGCAGGGUGCAGUAUUUUCGUAACCUGUAACCUGCCCUGUAAAAAUUCUGCAACCUAAUCCUGUCCUGCCCUGUGAAUUUUUUCGCGUACCCUGCUCUGUCCUGCCCUGAGACUUUUUUCAUAACCUGUAACCUAUCCUGCCCGGCCCUGCCAUGCUAUAUUUGAUAUUACAAAAAAAUUCAUAACUUUUCAUCGACUUCGUAUAUCAAUUCUCCUACUUUAUGUUGUUUUAUACUUCGAUAUUCGUCUUCGUAUAAAAUUUUUCAAAAGAUGUCUAUAAUGUUUGAUUCGAUAAAUUAGUAGCAGGUUAACAGGUUAUGACAGUGCUGCCCUGUAACCUGCCCUGUAAACAUUUCGUAACCUGACCCUGCCCUGCCCUGCUACUUUUGCAACCUGCCCUGUCCGUUCCUGGCAGGGCAGGGCAGAGAAGGACAGGUUAUGGGCACCCUGCAGGGCUCUAAAUGAAAUACAGCCGGUUCAAACCGAAAAACUCAAGAACAUGGUAGGAUCUUGGAAUUAGAAAUCUGGUGACCGAAUUUAUUCAGCUCAAGUCGGAACCUGACAGAACUGGCAAUCAAAUAUGAUACAAGCUUCUUGCUUCCAAAUUCCUAUUAUAUUUUGGAUUUUUCUGGUCGAAAACGGCGUCUUUUCCGCAGGUUUCCAUCAAAGAUCCAUGGAUAUCGGCACUGAAAUGAUUGACCUGAAUUAAUGUUAUAUAUCAAUUUAUUCCUAAUUUCAGUCGCUUAUCGCAUUCUGUUAACAAAAAGAGAUCAGGAUUCGGCAAUUAUAGACAAAAAUAACACUAAGUUAUAUGUACUAUUUAAUAAUAUUUUAAGAAAAAACAAAACUGUAUUACCUUUGUCUAAUGAAUGUCUGAUCAAUUUAGCGACUUGAACAAUAGAGAGAAUAAUCCGAAGAUUCGUUAAAACGUCUUGAAAACAUUAUUCAUAUGAUGAUAUAGAACAAGUCUACCUCAAAUAUUGUGCCAUGAUUAUAUUUCAAUUCAUUUUAUUUCAACAGCUGUAUAUUUAUAUAUGAUUUUAAUGGAAUAGAUCAAAGAAAAAAAUAGAACCAGAGAGAAGUUCCAUUCCUCAAAUUCAGUAUUUUCUCAUGAGUUCUUUGUUUAAAAAUUCUUUUUUUUUCCAGAUUUUAAAUCAUUCUUUAUUAUCAUAAUAGCUGUUUAUUCUGAUGUGCAAUAGUCAAGUACAUCGAAUGUGAUUGAUUCUCAUAAAAUAACAAUUAAUCAUUGAAGCUUAAACAAUUGUUGUAUUGUUGUUGUUGUUGUAGUCACGAAAAUUAAAAAAAAAACUAACUGUUUCAAUAAAAUGCUAAAUAGUAUUUAUGCAAUGACUGUCAAAAUUAUCUACAAAGUAGAUUAGUUCAUUUUUAUUUUUUGUUAUAUAUAAAACAUUAUAUAAACUAGGACAAUCUUAUUUAUAUCAGAUUAUAACCCAUACUCUCUAUUAUAUCAGUGUCAAAAAUUUCAAGUCAAUUCAUUCCUAUAUUUAGUUUAUAUUACUGAUACAAUCAUAGCAUGCUGUUUCUUAUCCUUUCAAAAUUAUAUAACUAUUCAUUUUUGGAAACUAUUGUAUACUUGUUCUAUGUUUAAAAUUUCUCUAAUGAUAUAUUAUUCAAGAGAACUAAUUGCGUUUUACGUUAUGACCUUUUUUACAGUAAUUUUUUUUCGAGUAUGAUUUUAGAAACAAUGUUUUUUUAUACUCUUCUAGAAAUAUUGAAAAAAAAGUUGUUAAAAGACCCUUUUUUGUGUACUCAAAAAGUGAGUACACUCUAGAAUCGGUCAGUAUGGCCGUCCGUCCGGCCGUUAACACGAUAACUUUUGAAAGGAGAGUCCAAUCGCGAUGAAAUUUUCUACACAGUUAAGUCUUAACAAUGUCUCGGUCGAGUUCGAAGAUGGGAAGAAUUGGCUGAACCAUUCUUGAGUUAUUGCAAAAAUACUCAUUUUUUCCUGUGGCUUCCUAUGCGAAAAUCGACCCAUCCCCGCUUUCGUAAAAAACUUUUCCUAUCAUAGUCAAAUAAAACCGCAACUAUUAUAUACCAUUCGAUAGAGAAUUUCACGAGCUACAAAAUGGUGUAUAAAGCAUUAAAAAUUUGAGCUCAAACUUUUGGGCCAAGGAAAGAGUUUUUUGAGAAAAUAGCGAUAUUUCAUAAAGGUUGGCGAAAAUAAGUCGGGGUCGAGGAAUCUGAAUUUGAAGUCAGAUUUUGAAAAUUUUGAACUCCAUUUUUAGUGUACUCAAAAAGGGAGUACACUACUAAAAUCGGUCUGUGUGUCCGUCCGGCCGUCCGGCCGUCCGUCCGUUAACACGAUAACUUUCGAAAGGAGAGU